AUGAAGAUAAACACAGUUCCAAUUCUUCUGACCCUGGCUCUUUGCCUCACACAAGUCCCAGAUGCUGCCAGUGAGGAUGGAAAUCAGGGUGCUGAGAAAAACUCCUUGGGCAUGAUGCCAAACUCCCAGUGGCAGCAAUCCAACAGAAGGAUAGAAAAAGAGGCAAAAUCUGAGGAAAAGGCCAGACUUUCAGCAAGAGAUACUACCCCAGCCAAGUUGAAUUGUGAUGACUUCAAGAAAGGAGAAAGAGAUGGGGAUUUUAUCUGUACCUUUGAUAACGCAGCUGUUUGUGGCACAAAUGGGAAAACGUACAGCAAUAGAUGUGCACUCUGUGCCGAGAAUGUUAAAACUAGGUCUCAAGUUGACAUAAAAAGCGAAGGGGAAUGUGAGAGCCGUGACCCAGAACAGGAUUUGUGUAGUGCUUUUCGACCAUAUGUAAAGGAUGGAAGACUGGGGUGCACAAGGGAAAAUGAUCCAGUUCUUGGUCCUGAUGGAAGGACCCACGGCAACAAGUGUGCAAUGUGUGCUGAGUUAUUCUUAAAAGAAGCUGAGGAAAAUGCCAAGAAAGAAAAUGAAACUAGAAAUCGGAGAAGUGCUGAGAAGGCUCUUUGCAAAGACUAUGAAAGCCAGGUGAGGAAUGGAAGACUUUAUUGUACGCGGGAGAGUGACCCAGUCCGCGGUCCUGAUGGCAGAAUGCAUGGCAACAGAUGUGCCCUGUGUGCUGAAGUCUUCAAAAGGCGUUUUUUGCGAGAAAAAAAUGAAGCAAAUGAAAACCCCAGGGAGCCUGAAGAAAAAGCUAAAGUUAGAAGAGAAAUUAAGAAACUCUGCAGUGAAUAUGAGAAUCACGCAAAGAAUGGAAUGCUUUAUUGUACCAGAGAAAAUGACCCAGUUCGUGGCCCAGAUGGGAAAAUGCAUGGCAACUUGUGUUCGAUGUGUCAAGCCUUCUACCUAGCAGAAGCUGAAGAAAGAAAAAUGACUGAAGCAAGAUCGAGAAGUAAAAGAGAAUCUGGAAAAGAAUCUUCACUGCCUAAAAAUCAUAACUCUUCCUUCUUAGGUGGCAUUGAGAACAAAGGCUCGGGAACUUGUCGACAAGAUAAAAGAACAAGAUCAAAGGCUAAAAGAGAAGCAGCAGAGGAACUUUGCAGUGAAUUUCGCAGCCAAGUGAGGAAUGGAAUGCUUAUAUGCACCAGGGAGAAUGACCCUGUCCGUGGCCCAGAUGGCAAAAUGCAUGGAAAUAAGUGUGCCAUGUGUGCAAGUGUGUUCAAACUUGAAGAAGAAAAGAAAAAUAAUGGCAAGGAAGAAAAGGAGAAAGUUGAGACUGAUAAAGUUAAGAGAGAAGCAGUAGAGGAGCUGUGCAAUGAAUACCGCAAUUAUGUCAGGAACGGUCGACUUGCCUGCACCAGAGAGAAUGACCCCAUUGAAGGUCCAGAUGGGAAAAUCCAUGGCAAUACUUGCUCCAUGUGUGAGGCCUUCUUCCAGCAAGAAGCAAAGGAAAAAGAAGCUGAAUCCAGAGCAAAAACUAAGAGAGAAACUGAAAAGGAUACAUGCAGUGAGUUUCGGGGCCUUUUGCAAAAUGGAAAUCUUUACUGCACACGAGAAAAUGAUCCUGUGCGUGGCCCUGAUGGCAAGACCCACGGCAACAAAUGUGCCAUGUGCAAAGCAGUCUUCCAGAAAGAAGAUGAAGACAGAAAGAGAAAAGAAGAGGAAGAUCAGCGAACUGCUGCCGGCCAUGGUUCCAAUGGCGGUGGAGGGAAGGUGCAGGACCAGUGUGCUGAGUAUCGUGAAAGCAUGAAAGAUGGGAAGCUUAGCUGUACUCGGGAGAGUGACCCUGUACGUGAUGCUAAUGGCAAAUCAUAUAACAAUAAGUGUGCCAUGUGCAAAGAACUCCUACAAAGAGAAGCAAAUGAAAAGGAUAAACAUUCUAGUAACAGAUCAAAUGGGACUGACUCAUCGUCAGGAAAGGAUGAAUGUGAUGAAUUUAGGAGUCAAAUGAAAAAUGGACAACUUAUCUGUACCCGAGAAAGUGACCCUGUCCGCGGUCCGAAUGGCAAGACACAUGGCAAUAAAUGUGCCAUGUGUAAGGAAAAACUGGAAAGAGAAGCAGCUGAGAAAAAAAAGAAAGAGGAUGACACGAGAAACAGAGGAAACAAUGAUCAGUGUCAUGAAUUCCGGAGCCAAGUGAGGGAUGGAAGACUUAUCUGCACCAGAGAAAAUGACCCUGUUCGAGGUCCAUAUGGAAAGAUGCAUGUUAACAAAUGUGCCAUGUGUCAGAGCAUUUUUGAGCGAGAAGCCAGUGAAAGAAAACAGAAUGAUGAAGAAAAACAAAGAGCCAAACCAACAAAUGAUGCAAAGGAUGAAUGCAGUAACUUUCAGGCGUACUUGAGGAAUGAUCAACUCUUGUGCACUAGAGAAAAUGACCCUCUGGAAAUUAUAGGAGCUAGUCUUUGUGAAGAUAACUUGGAAUUACUUUUUGUCUCCUUCACUAGCCAAAAGGCCAGAGAAAAGGCAGCCUAUGUUAGAUCUUCUGAAGAGAAAGGCAGCACAGAGCACCCCAGAUCUUCUCUGGAUUCUGAGAUGUGCAAACAGUACCGAGUAGUGCCUAGGAUGGGUUACCUUUGCCCAAAGAAUUUGCAACCUGUCUGUGGUGAUGAUGGUCAGACAUACAACAAUCCCUGCAUGCUCUGUCAUGAAAACCUGAAAAAUGAUGUGAAAAUUGUUGCUGUCACAAUGAUCAAUGAAUUUCUGGAAGAUAUAGAAAUUCACAUGGGCUUUCAGGACCCAUCAAUUGUGUAA